AUGAGUUUCGAGGACUACGAGGACCAGAACGGUCUCCGACUUUCGUGGAAUGUGUGGCCUUCCAGCAGGCUCGAGGCUACCCGUACCGUUGUCCCCAUCUCCGCCCUCUAUACCCCCAUGAAGGAGCGCGAGGAGAUACCUCCUGUCGCGUAUGAGCCCGUGACUUGUAAGGGAACCUCCUGCAAGGCCAUCUUGAACCCCUACUGCCAAGUCGACGUCCGAGGCAAGAUGUGGAUCUGCCCCUUCUGUCUCCAGCGAAACCCUUUCCCGCCUCAGUACCACCACGACCUCUCCCCGUCCAACUUGCCCACAGAGCUCCAGCCUGGGUUCACCACCAUCGAGUACAUCCUCUCGCGUACCGCCCAGGUUCCGCCCGUCUUCCUGUAUGUCAUUGACACUUGUCUCGACGAGGACGAGUUGAAGGCCUUGAAGGAGACCAUCAUCACGAGCUUGUCAUUGUUGCCUCCUAAUGCCCUUGUCGGCUUGAUCACAUUUGGUACCAUGACCAUGGUUCACGAGCUCGCCUACCCCGACUGCCCCAAAGCCUACGUCUUCCGUGGCUCCAAGGACUACCAGCCCAAGCAGAUCGCCGACAUGCUCGGCCUCAACCCCUCCAGGCCCAUGCAGCCCAUGCGCCCCGGCCAGCCCAUCCCCGUCAACGCCGCCUCCAAGUUCCUCAUGCCCGUCCAGGCUUGCGAGUUCCAGCUCACCAACAUUUUGGAGCAGCUCCAGAGGGACCCCUGGCCUGUGGACCAGAACAAGAGGCCUUUGAGGUGCACUGGUGUGGCCUUGAGCGUGGCCGUUUCUUUGCUCGAGACUGCGUUCCCAAACACUGGUGCUAGGAUCCAGCUCUUUGCUGGCGGUGCUGCCACCGACGGACCGGGUCUUGUCGUUGGCCCCGAGCUUCGAGAGCCUAUCCGAUCCCACCACGACAUUGACCGUGACAGCGUCAAGCACUUUAAGCGCGCCACCAAGUUUUACGAAGGUCUCUCCAAGCGAGCAUCAGUCAAUGGUCACGCCAUUGACAUUUACGCGGGCUGUCUCGAUCAAGUCGGUCUGUUGGAGAUGAAGUCGUUGACGAACGCGACGAAUGGCUUCAUGGUCAUUUCGGAUUCGUUCAUGACUGCCAUCUUCAAGCAGAGUUUCCUGAGGACCCUGAGUAAAGAUGACCAGGGCUACCUCAAGAUGGGCUUCAAUGCAACUCUUGACAUUACUACCACGAAGGAGCUCAAGGUCUCUGGUGUCAUUGGGCACGUCAUUUCUGCCAACAAAAAGUCCGCUUCUGUUGGCGAGACUGAGAUCGGUAUCGGCCAGACAUCUGCCUGGAAGAUUUGCUCUCUCACCCCGAAGAGCACCUUUGCUGCCUACUUUGAGGUCGUGACGCCCACCGGCCAGAAUCUCGCCCCGAACCAGUCCGGUCUCAUUCAAUUUGUCACCCACUACCAGCACUCUUCCGGCGAGUACCGACUCCGUGUCACCACCUGUAUGCGUCACUUCCAAGAAGGCGGCCACCCUACCAUCGCUGCCAGCUUUGACCAAGAAGCCGCUGCCGUACUCAUGGCCCGUAUUGCCGUCUUCAAGGCUGAGAUCGACGACAGCCCUGAUGUGUUGAGGUGGUUGGACAGGAUGUUGAUUAGGUUGUGUCAGAAGUUUGCGGAUUACCGAAAGGAAGACCCUACGAGUUUCCAGCUGGGCCCGUCAUUCUCCAUCUAUCCUCAAUUCAUGUUCCACCUGCGACGAAGUCAGUUCUUGCAAGUCUUCAACAACUCGCCUGAUGAGACUGCUUUCUACCGUCACAUCUUGAACGACACGGACGUGAACAACUCCUUGAUCAUGAUCCAACCCACCCUCAUGUCCUAUGGCUUUGACUCUGAGCCCCGACCUGUCCUUCUUGACUCGGUCUCCAUCAGGCCAGACGCCAUCCUCCUCCUCGACACCUUCUUCCACAUUCUCAUCUUCCACGGUGAGACCAUUGCUCAAUGGCGUAAGGCCAACUACCAAGAGCAGGAGGACUAUGCCAACUUUAAAGAGCUUCUCGAAGCUCCUGUUGUCGACGCUCAAGAUCUGUUGGAAGACAGGUUGCCUAUCCCGCGAUAUAUCGUCUGUGAUCAAGGUGGAAGUCAGGCGAGGUUCUUGCUGAGCAAGCUCAACCCUUCGACGACGCACAUGAGCGGGGCGAGUGGGUAUGGGGCGAACCCUGCGGCGGGACAACAGAUCUUUACAGACGAUGUCAGCUUGCAGGUGUUUAUGGAGCACCUGAAGAGGUUGGCCGUUGGGGCUUCGACGAGCUAG